AUGGCCAAAACUGAGACAGUAUUGCAAAUAUCAAAAUUUUUUUUACUCGAUGACGUCGCUUUGGUAAAGCUGAAUGCACACAUUCAAUUCACAGAUGGAGUCCAACUAGCCUGUUUGCCGGAGCAAGGAUCGGAAUUAGAAAUCGGAGAUGGAUGUUUCGCUACAGGAUGGGGCGAAACUAGAGGUUCCGGAUCGGACGAGUUUUUGAAACAAGUCAAGCAAGUAGUGGUGAUGGAAAGUGAAUGUGGUUCUGACAAGUAUAACCCAAAAACGCAAAUAUGUGUCCGUAAUUACAGAAACACUCCUUGCAUUGGUGAUAGUGGAGGUCCUCUCGUUUGCAAGAAGGAAGAUGGCAAAUGGUACGUUUUUGGUGCAACCAGUCAAUCCACUCUUGUCAAUGGAAUAGCAGCGCUUUGUGCAACCCCCGACUUAAAUUUCCUCUUCGCAAAAAUAUUAGAUAAAGCGAAUUGGAUAAAAUUUACCAUUGAAAACAACAAGUAA